UGCGUGCCGGAGGAAUAUUUAGAUGACUUGCCUUUUAAUCGAGGCUGGAAGUGGAGUGGAGCCGCGGCUCACAAACGUGGAACAGCCCCCAUCUACCGGCAGGCAAGCAGGCAGGAAGCCUCCCUCCAAUCUCCAAUCUCCAAUCUCCUCUCUCUCCUCUUCUUCUCCAUUGCCAGCGCACAGUGCCGGCUGGAGGGAGCGUCUCCUCCGCCUUGCGCAUCGCAUCGCAUCGCGCGGCCAUCGAACAUCCUCAGUUGCCUUUGCACGCAGCGGGCAGGGAAGUGAUCUGACUUUGUGCAUUUUGGAUGCGCUGAGCCGAGCCGGCACGGCACCACACCAGUCGGCUUCCACGGUAUAUGGACGUGGUGGGCUGCAAGGCAGAAGCAGCCGCUCGCACGUUGCGCCCAGGACAGGGAGCCAUGCUUUUCCACGGGAUCUCCGGGGACCACAUCCAAGGGAUCAUGGAGGAGAUGGAGAGAAGGUCCAAGUCGGAGUCUCGCCUGGCCAAAAGCAUGCAGAUCAACGGCAGAGAGACGACCAUGCCCUCCAUGAGCCCGGAGAAGCCCGCUCUGUGCGCCGGCUGCGGGGGCAAGAUCUCGGACAGAUACUACCUCCUGGCCGUGGACAAACAGUGGCACCUGCGUUGUCUCAAAUGCUGUGAAUGUAAAUUAGCGCUGGAGUCGGAGCUAACGUGUUUCGCCAAGGAUGGCAGCAUCUACUGCAAAGAGGAUUACUACAGAAGGUUCUCGGUGCAGAGGUGCGCGCGCUGCCACCUGGGCAUUUCCGCCUCGGAGAUGGUGAUGCGCGCGCGCGACUCCGUCUACCACCUGAGCUGCUUCACGUGCACCACGUGCAACAAGACGCUCACCACGGGCGACCACUUCGGCAUGAAGGACAGCCUCGUCUACUGCCGCCUCCACUUCGAGAGCUUGGUGCAGGGAGCCGACUACCACCCCCAGCUCAACUUUGCCGAGUUGGCCGCUAAGGGCGGCGGCCUCGGCCUGCCCUACUUCAACGGCACUGGCACGGCGCAGAAGGGCCGGCCGAGGAAGAGGAAGAGCCCCGCCAUGGGUUUGGACUUACCGAGCUACAACACAGGCUGCAACGAGAACGACGCGGACCACUUGGACCGAGACCAGCAGGCCUACGCGCCGACGCAGAAGACCAAGCGCAUGCGGACCUCCUUCAAGCACCACCAGCUGCGGACAAUGAAAUCCUACUUUGCCAUCAACCACAACCCGGACGCUAAGGACCUCAAGCAGCUGGCCCAGAAGACGGGCCUGACCAAAAGAGUUCUGCAGGUUUGGUUCCAAAACGCGAGAGCCAAAUUCAGAAGGAACGUUUUACGACAGGAGAAUGGAGGUGUUGAUAAGGCUGAUGGCACCUCACUCCCUCCGCCCUCGUCCGACAGUGGGGCCCUGACCCCCCCCUCCAGCGCGGCCACGCUAACAGACCUGACAAACCCCUCGAUUACUGUAGUGACCUCCGUCACCUCUAGUUUGGACAGCCACGAUUCGGGGAGCCCUUCACAAACUACCUUGACGAACCUUUUCUAAGCUAGCAGACUGUUUAUUUUUUUAACUGUUAUUUUUCCUCUGAUUCAUUUCUUUCUUUUUUUUUUAAAUUGACCUUUAAAUCAAGCAGAGAUGACUCCUUUGAAGAGAGAAGAAGAGCAGUGGCCACGUCAAAUUAUUUCACAAUGAACAAAUGUGUAGCAUUUGAAACCUCAUGGCAGUGACGGACUUUGGGGAAAGGACUUUCAGAAAAUCAUUGGGGGCGGGAAAAAAAAAAAGAAAUUCUUCAUUUGUACAUUUGUAUUGAAUGAUGACAAAUUGAGCCCUUUUUAAUUCAUGCUGAAUUGGUGAAUUUUGCCCUCCCAAACUUGUAUUUUUGUUUGUCCUUUGGGAAGCAAACUUGUCGAAUGUUCUGUAAAUGGCUCCAAAUCCACAAAGAAAAAAAACACUCUUUCAAUUCUCUUUUUGAAUGUCUCCUAUUUGUACAGCAGUUGAAUCAGACUUCAUGAUUAAAAACCCAAAUAGAUUUUUGGAAUCGAUUCAAACAGAGGUAAACAAUAAUGCAAUUGCGACGACGGCAAAUGGUUCAGAAAAUUAGCUAGAGCAGUCGAUGGAAUGACGUCAUGUUGGCCUGCUGGAUGAAUUGCAGUAAAUCGAAUCCAGUAAACGCAUCAUCAGAUUGAGUCAAUUGCACAAAAGCACCCCCCCCCCCCCCCCGUAAAAAGUGCAUUAUUGUUUUAUCAUGUUGCUCAGGGUGAUGUUUUUUUUUUUUUUUUAAACGGAAAAGGGAGUGUAGUAUAACAAUUGACUGGAUUUGUAGAGCUGACAUUGGAAAAAAAAAAAAAAGACCUCAACUAGUUGAAGUUCGGCGCAGGUGAAAUCAUGUUUUCUCCUAAUAUUGCCACUGAUCAGACCAAAAAACAAAAAAAAAAAGAAACAUGCAUGUUUCUUCUGGCUGAAAGGUAGUAAAGAGAGGAGCAGAAGACACAUUUCCUAGUUUGUUCUUUUGUGGAACAAAAAGUGGUACUCCGAGUCUACUCGCUGAAGUAGAUGCCUAACUCAGUUCUACUCGACGUGCCUUAUGCGAUAGAUAACUUGGGAGAAAAAAGGUUGUGAAAUUCAGGAUUCUGUGUGUUCUUUGUUAACUGAUUCACAUCCUUCGGACGCCUCACUAGUUUUGUACUGUUUUGCAUCUUAUUUUCAAAGAUCUUUUUAUGGUGUAUAUCCUGUUUUUGACAAAAAAAGAGAAGGGAGGGAGGGAGGGAGGGAGGGAGGGGCAGCGAUGUCAUAGAAAGCAUUUGUGCACUCUUUCAGAUAUAGUUCCAAGAACCUUAUAUAUUGAUCUUCGUGUUAAUAGUUGAGUACAGUAAGUGUUCUAUCAAGAUUGUCCAUGUUUCCCUGUUUCUUGAUAAAGAUGGUGUAUAGAAACUAUUUCCCCCCCCCCCCCCUUAAAUAUUUAUGGACCAAACGGUUGUUAUAUAUCUUAUUAAAUUUGUGUGAAUAAAAAAAAACAAUACUUUGCUUUAAA